AUGACCCCGGGGGAGAAUGAUGAUGGAGAUGUAUUGCGGCCUUCUCCUGUUCAUCAACUCGAACGUCAUUCUUCCGCAGUUGAUGUUACGGAUCAGCCUCACUCUUCAGGCCAGCAGCUUUGCUCAGCAUCUUCUGCCGAUUGUCAGCCUGUUCAGCUGACCUCAGAGGAUUCCAGUCACCCGGCACAGCAUGGUUCUUCUCGGCGGCGAUUACAGUCUGUUUCCCAGGGUCAGACUACUCCAGAAGAUCAGCAGUCUAGCCCAGUUGCUUCCCUUCCAGUCGCUUCCUCAGAUUCUGGAUCUCUCUCUCAGGUGUCGAUCCUCUCAACUUUCUUAUCCUGUUGA